CACGCGUGUUUUGACGCGACUGUACGGCUCAAAGUCACAUCACUGACUGUCAUGACAGAUGCAUUUGUAGCUACUGGACUGCUCGGGCCCGGGCCAUCGGCCUCGUUGCUGGGCUCCUCAUUCACCACAGAUGGGCUCUCCUCCGUCUUCUUGUCUAAUGGCCUUUUGGGCGGAUUGUGUACCGCCCCAACUCCGAAUCGUGCACAAUCAGAAGAACGAGCGCAGGAGCUUAAAGGCAUAGAUGAGCCACAGAGUUCACGCAACACCGUGUCCUCAUUCUCCAGAUCAUUUAUUCCUACGCACAUACGUGCUCCGCUUCGUGCUACGACAUAUGACGGGAAUGCAAUACAUAUAAGGCGAAAGCCGUACGUAGGCACAACACAGAAGACUUCUUCUGCUCCAACACGAUUAAGCAACCUAUUAGAUGUCCCUAUACACAGACUUAGGGAUGAGCUAUCGGCUGCUACGACUUCGAAGUUGUCCUUUUCGAAAAAUACCAUCAGAGCGUCUGAGUCGCACAAGCCCUCAAGUCCAGUGCCAGAGGAUACGCUCUGGGUUGAUCGAUAUCGCCCUCGAAAAUUCACAGAACUAUUGGGUAAUGAGCGUGUUGCUCGUGAAACAAUGGCUUGGGUAAAGCAAUGGGACUGGUGUGUAUUCGGUAAGAAGAAGGGCAAGAAAAGGCUGCGGGAAGAUGAUGAGAACUAUAACCCUGACGAUGAAUACCACCGGCCACGAGAAAAACUACUGCUAAUAUCCGGUCCCCCUGGGCUUGGUAAGACGACAUUAGCUCAUGUUGUCGCGAAGCAGGCCGGGUAUGAAGUAAUGGAGAUAAACGCAAGUGAUGCGCGUUCUGCACAGGUCAUCGACGACCGAAUACGACCGGCGCUGGAAUCAGGGUCUGCAGUCGGGAGUGUAAAACCUGUGUUGGUCAUUAUCGACGAGAUAGAUGGGGCUACUGGAGGCGGGGAUAACGCAAGUGGAUUUGUGAGCAAGUUGGUUUCACUCACCUUUGACAAGCCAAAGAACAAACGUAAAUCUUCCACCGGCAAUGAUGACACUCUCUCAGUUCUGGCAGGGAAGAAGAGCGACCAGAAAGACAAGCGUCCGCUCCUUCGCCCAAUAAUAUGCAUCUGUAAUGAUCAAAAUGCGAAUGCACUUGCCAAACUCCGUCCUCACGCCCAGCAAAUUCGGUAUACGAGACUUGCCGAUAGUCAUAUUGUCAGGCGUCUCCGCGAGAUUUGCGAGUUGGAGGGGUUGCGUGCUGAUACCAGGGCUCUGAGUACCUUGGUCGGCGUGGCCAAAGGCGAUCUUAGAGGCUGUCUCAAUACUCUGCAGUUCAUUAAGUCUCGCAAUGAUGAGGUGACCGAACCUCUCAUUCGCCGUGCUACAGUGGGCAUGAAGGAGGGGGACACUACCGCGACUUCUGUAAUCAAUGAGAUAUUUGCACCCUUAUCCCGAAAACGUGUCAAGGAGCUUGGCAUGGGCGAAGAAGAAGAGGCACGUUAUGUGAACCGCCUAAGUCAUACAAUUGAAGGAUUAAACAAUCCUGCAAGUAUAGCAAAUGGCUGUUUUGCGCAUUAUACCAAUUGUCGCCGACACGACGCAAACUUGAACCACUACGAGAAGGCUGGCGAGUGGUUGACGACCUUCGACUCCUUUUCAUCGGUCAUGUAUACAGACGGGGACUUCGCGCUGCAUACAUACUUGUCAUAUUUCCUGGUUCCUUUCCAUCCGCUAUUCCGAGAGCGAGGGGAAAAGCGGGUAGAACGAGAUAGUUCGGACUGGGAUAACUUGCAGCUGACGCGAGCAAACGAAGAAAUUUAUAAAUCGUUAGCAAACGGUAUCCGCUCAACUGGUCGGACUGCAGGGGCCAACAGACACCUCGUCACAGGUCAAGUCUUGCAACUCGAAUUUGCGCCAUUUAUCAAUCGUAUAAUUUCCCCUCCUUUGCGACCGGUCAACAGUCAAGUGAUAAAGCCACAGGAAAGAGCCUUGCUCUCGCGUUUGGUGGAGAUUAUGGUGUCUUUUGAACUUCGCUUUGUGCAAGAGAAGGCUGAGGAUGGCCAAAAUGUGUAUAGGCUUGACCCUCCGAUUGACGUUUUUGUUACCUACGACGGCAAGCGCGCCGAAGAUAUCGCGGUCUCUCGGUAUGCUGUACGACAGUUGGUCGCCAUUGAGAUUGACGCCGCACUCGUCGCAAAGCAAGCAGACGCAGUGGAGAAAGGAAAGGAACAAGCAAAAACCAACUUCUUCAAAACAUCAAGGAAGGAUGUCACGGCAUAUGUCAACGAAGCAGAGCCCAUGGAAGUCAUAGAAAGCAACGAUGAACUGCGCCGCAUGGAUGCCUCAUCUGAGCGAGGCCCUGAAAACAAACGAGCACGCACUUCCGAGAAAGUGGACAUUGCAGACAAGCCGCCUGUGGACUUCUUUGGAAGGCCGAUCGCUAUGAAGAAAGAUUCAAGGAGGUCACUGACGUCGAAAAAGGUAGUCCCUGAUUUUCGCAUUGCAUAUAAGCAUCUGGAAGGAAACUCGGCGGCUGUCCGUCGGCCGACGAAGGUUUCAUCGUUUCUUUGAUCAAACCCGUAGUUGUUAUACCAGAUAGGAUCAUCGCACACAGGAGACCUUUAUUUUGUACAAGUAAUAUAUCAUAACAUCCCCCAAAACCCAAAAAUGACAGCAAACACUGAAGUACCAAACAAUACAGGGGUGGACAAGCAAGUUAUAGAGAACAUGAAAAUUAUUAU